AGUUGCGACUGUCUUUUCUUUCCAUCACAGCUUCCUCUUCGCCAACUUUGGCUUUUUUCCCAUACACAUCUGUAAUUCCUCACUUGUUGAAGCCCCGAAGUCGCAAACUUGCGCUCCCCGCCAUCAUGGCCGCUUUCAUGUGAGUUUUGCCCCGUUUCUCUCCCCGAUCCACGGCGCCCCCUUUAGUCCCUCGAGCACGAUCUUGAAGCAAACAGUCACUGACCUGGUUUGUGCGAAACAGCAACUCGACCGUCAUCAACACCGCCUUCAACCACACACAACCGUACUUUAGUGUUCUCGAGGAGGUCUCCAAGUACAAUGUCCAGCUCAACUACUUUGAGCGCCUCUGGGCCGCUUGGUAUCUCUGGAUGCAAAACGACACCCUCGCUACCGGCAUCAUGAGCUUCGUCAUGCACGAGACCGUUUAUUUUGGCCGCAGUUUGCCCUUUAUCAUCUUCGACCUCAUCCCCUGGUUCCACAAGUACAAGAUCCAGCCUCAAAAAAUGCCGACACUAAAGGAGCAAUGGGACUGCGCCAUGGUCGUCCUCAUCAGCCAUUUCACCGUCGAACUUCCCCAGAUCUGGCUCUUCCACCCCCUCGCCACGUGGUGCGGCAUGGAGUACAACGUCCCCUUCCCGCCUCUCUGGAAGAUGGCUAUGCAAAUCUCCAUCUUCUUCGUCAUGGAGGAUACCUGGCACUACUGGUUCCACCGCGCCCUGCACUACGGCCCUCUCUACAAGGCGAUCCACAAGCUUCACCACUACUACUCUGCGCCUUUCGGUCUCGCCGCCGAAUACGCCUCACCGAUCGAAGUCAUGCUCCUCGGCAUCGGUAUCGUCGGCUCGCCCAUCUUCUGGGUCACCCUCACCGGCGACCUCCACCUCCUCACCAUGUACGCCUGGAUCGUCCUCCGCCUCUUCCAGGCCAUCGACGCCCACAGCGGCUACGACUUCCCCUGGAGCUUGCGCCACUUCUUGCCCUUCUGGGCCGGUGCCGACCACCACGAUCUCCACCACGAGAAGUUCAUCGGCAAUUACGCCUCCAGCUUCCGCUGGUGGGACUACUGCCUCGACACCGAGGCCGGCCUCGAGGCCCACAAGAAGCGCCGCGAGAAGAAGAUCCAGGCCAUCAAGGCGCAAAAGUCUCAGUAAACGCAUUGUUGCUGCGGCUGUAACGUCUUUUGCAGCAUGAACAACGCAUGUCGCCAAGCACCGGGCCUUGUGUGCGCACCCUAAAAGAGAGGAUGGAUGCGCUCACAAAUGGUGGUUGAGGGCGUUGCUGGACACACCGGCUGGGAGUGUCUCAUGAUACGAUGUAUAGAACGCGGCAGGAAAGGAAAACCGCAAGGAAAGCGACACGACACGGACCUCGACAACCGAGGCCAUUCAUCAAAGUCACGUAAUUAUCAUUGGAGCGGCGUUUGAAAGAGGUAUUGACGGUUGUGCGAAAAAAGAUGAACCACUUAUACGAAUUCUGUCGUAUAUAUUGGGAAGGCCGCCCAUAAAACUGGCAUUGUAGUAGAUUACUUAAUCAUGGCACAACAUUCGUUCUUCUAAUAGUCCACGUUACGUAUUUGGUAUAUU